CGAGAAUUUCACAAUAAUCGAGUGUGUAUAUAUAUUACAUAUAUACACCCGAUAUCUAUAUAAAUUGUAGCUUCAGCGCGGCAAACAUUCUUAGUUUUGUGAAGCAGCGUGUUCGGUUUGGUUCUCGGUGUUGGGUUUCUUUGGUUGAUUUUCAUCACCAUGCGUUUAUUUUCCUUGAUCUUGGCGCUAAUAUUUAGCUUGGGAUCAACCAGUGGCUACAAGUUCCUCAUGAUCUUGAACUCUCCCGGCCGUUCGCACUUCAAUGUGGGUCAUGCCCUGGCCAAGGGAUUGGUCCAGGCCGGUCAUGAGAUCAGUGUGGCAUCUGUGUUUCCUUUAAAGAAACCCAUACCUGGUUAUCAUGAUAUUUAUAUACCAAAUGUUAUAAAUGCAAUGAAGGGUGACUUGGCUGGCUUAUGGGCUUCUAUUCAGAAACCUGUGACACAAAAACUCAUUGAUCAUUAUCAAAUGGGUUUUCGGCUGACCAGAGCUCUGUUUGAGGAACCCAACUUCCAGGAGCUCUUGAAGAGCAAUAGUACCUUCGAUGCGGUAAUAUGUGAAACCUUCUAUAAUGAUGCCCAUUAUGGCUUGGCUGAGCACUUCAAGGCUCCACUAAUUGGACUAAGCACCGGUGGUGGUCUCACCUUUAUUACAGAUAUGGUUGGUUCCCCAGCUCCAGCUUCCUUUGUGCCCCACAUAAUGUUGCCUUUCAAUGAUCACAUGUCUCUAUACGAACGUCUUGCCAAUGUUGCCUUCCUGGCCUAUGAGAGACUGCUCCUGGACUAUUAUUACCUGCCAGGACAAGACCAACUAUACAAGGAGUUCUUCCCGGAAAAUAAGCAAAGUUUCUAUGAGAUGCGUCGGAAUGCCUCUCUGGUGCUGAUCAAUCAGCAUGUGUCUCUCAGUUUUCCGCGUCCAUAUGCACCCAACAUGAUCGAAGUGGGUGGCAUGCAUAUUGACGGAAAGCUAAGUCCAUUGCCCGAGCGCAUAAGGAAGUUCCUCAAUGAAUCAGAGCAUGGAGUCAUCUAUUUCUCCAUGGGUUCCAAUCUCAAGAGCAAGGACUUGCCACAGGCAAAGGUUGAAGAGAUCCUGAAAGCCUUUAGGGGUCUCAAGCAGCGUGUUCUGUGGAAAUUCGAGCAGGAGAAUCUGCCCAAUAAGCCGGAUAAUGUCUACAUUUCCGAUUGGUUUCCACAGACCGACAUUCUAGCCCAUCCGAAGGUUUUGGCCUUUGCCACACAUGGAGGCAUGCUGAGCACAACGGAGUCUAUUUACCAUGGAAAACCUGUGAUCGGUUUACCGAUUUUCAGCGAUCAAUUCUUCAACAUGGCUCAUGCCGAGCAAACUGGAUAUGGCAUUAUGUUGGAUUUUAAGGCGUUGAAGGCUCAGGACUUCCGGGCGGCCAUUGAGAGGAUUACCAGCGAAGCAUCCUACACGGAGGUAGUGCGGGGCAUGUCCUUUAGGUAUCGGGAUCAGCAGCAGACUCCCUUGGAGAAUGCCGUGUACUGGGUGGAACACGUGACCCGCCAUCAAGGAGCUGCUUAUUUAAAGAGUGCCGCCCAAAGACUGAACUGGUGGCAAUAUCACAAUGUGGAUGUCCUACUUAUACUAUUAGGAGUUGCAAUUUUCCUGCUAAUUGUAUUGCCAUUCGCCAUUUUGAGGCUGAUAAAGAAACUAGUUUCGGGGGAAAAUAACACUCAGGGGGGAAAAGUGAAGCGAAACUAAAGUGUAGUUUUGUAAGUAAGUCAAAAUAGGUUUUGUAUUUUUAAAAGCAAAUGAAAUUGUUAUUGACUCUUCGUCAAAGUUAAGAUUGAUGUUAAUUUAAAUAAGAUUUUAUACUUUGUGUAUUUUCAACCUUUUAAAGAUGUU